GUGACUGCGUGCAUAGCAUAGAGUGCACUCACUGCAAUGAAUUGUAGACAAGAGUUUAAAGCACAAACAUGUCAGUUCGUCAGGUGAAGUUCACUGUGACAAGGAAGAAGAUUGAAUGUGAAGAGACACACGACUGGCAGCACAGUGCGACUACAACACACGCAUGAAAUCCAGGUGUACAAAGCAACCAAUGGCUGAUGGCACCAUCUCUGUCCUGACGACCCUGUCAAGCACACCUGUAAUACGUCACACUGCUUUUUAUCACGUGAUGUUGUUUAUUUUGAUACACGGCCUUCGUCACGCUAGGGGUGUAAAGAUCUACAACUGUAACAACAACAAGGUAGAAAUAUUUGAAGACUCACCUGCUCCAGUCACGUGUGGAGACAUCACCAGUACAAAUGAUGUUGUCUGGCGACGAGGAGAUGGAGUCAGCAUCGGAGUGUGUAGUGCUGACGGUAGAUGUAGUCCUGCCUUAUACAACGACUACAUCGUCAGCAGGUCAGCGCAGUCCACUGAGAGUCAGCUGACCCUUGUCCCUGAUUACAGACGUCACGCGGGUGUCACGGUCACGUGUCAGGACAAAGGGGGUGUUUCCACAGCCUCCUGUACUCUCGUCAUCAGACGUCGCUCUGAGCUCAGUGAGUGUCACGUGACCACCAACCCUGUGGACUGGACUGUGUCAGGUUCAUGUCGUGUACAACAAGCUUUCUCCCCUGAUAACAUCUACACCUGUACAUGGACUAGGAACACAGGGCAGCCAUUUGGAGGAUUCGAUGCCAGUCGUGAGCUGUGUUCGUUCACACAAGCUCUGCCACAAGCCGGGGGACUGUACACCUACAGCAUUUCUGUGUCUCCUCCUGCUGCUACAGCCUUUUCUCAGCAACUGACACUAGUGGAACCAGGUGACGUAACAACCACGUGUCCACACUGGGUGGUGAGAGGACGAGACCUGUCCUGUACAUGUCAGACGACAAACACCGCCAGUCCUCCAGCCACAGUGAGAUGGGAGGGACGAGACAGUGAGAAGCUGGUGAAGACUAACGUACAGCGGGAGGACAACGGCACACAGUUCACGUGUCACGUGACAUGGGCUGGGCGUGUCUACACCUCCAUCACCUACACUCUGAUGGUUAAAUCUGUGGAGGGCCCCAGUGAUGUCAUCAUUAACAAAACACAUCAUCCAGGUAACAACGGUACCAGCAUCGUGACUUUAUCAUGUAACACAACAGGUGCUGUGUACCCAGGUGUGAACUUUACCUGGAGUCCAGGUGUUUGUCAGAAUGAAACACACACCGCCAGGAGCAGCACGUGCACCGUUAGAAUGGAAACCCACGAUGACGGGAGAGGUGUGACGUGCACGGCUAUAAAUAGCAUCGACAGCCGGAUAUCCGUCUCGAAAUCGGUGACACUGAUGAUAAAUGGUUCGGAGAUCUUCGUCGUCGAGUCUCCAUCAACAGACUUCACAUCAGUGAGGAAACCAACGCACGUGAUCAUCGGCGUUGUUGUUGCUGCUGGUGGCAUCGCUGUCAUCGCCGCUGUGGCUGCUAUUUUAAUCAGAAAACGAAGAUGCAGAUUACAGAAAGCACCAGCUGAUUCAGUGCAGCUUCCACUGGGUAGCAGCGAGAUCGUCACAGACGUUCACAGGAAUGAAAUUGGCCAUGGUAGCGACCACAGCUACACCAACCUCUGUAUCACAGAAGUCAGCCCCACUGCACAGCCUCAAGGUGCGAGUGAAGGAGAAGUUCAAGUAGACAUGUAUGAGAACACACAGACAGACCAGACAUACGACACAACCAUCAGGCAACAUGACGAACACAGAUACUCUGACCUCAAGGUUCAAAGUAAGGUCAAGGUUACAGCACAAGACCCACGUGACUCUAAUAGAAGGAUUGAAGACAUGUACUAUAAUGCUUAGUAAUGCAAUGAGCUUCCAUCAUUAAAAAAUAUAUUGAACCGAU